AUGGAAUUGGACUUCAGUACACUCAAAUUUCUUUCCGCUGGUAAAUCAGCAAUUGUCUACGGGAUUGACGACGCAAGGGUGCUCAAGAGGUACUACGAAGAUGAAGAUGAAGACGAGAGCAUUCUUACGGAGCGCCUAGCAUUUGAUCGGCUCGGAGCUCACGCUAAUAUCGUUGAACGCCUUAAUUCUGGGCCCAGAUCUCUGGUUCUCGAACCAGGACAGCCUCUCAACACAUUGACCCGAACUUCCAUCCCGCUGGCAACAAGGCUCGGCUGGGUCAGGGAUGCGGCAGAGGGUCUACAGUAUGUCCAUCAGCAGGAAAUCAUCCAUGCUGACGUUGGGUGCGACAAUAUGAUUCUUGUUGAAGGCCGUGUCAAGAUUAUCGAGUUUGAAGGUGCCAAGAUGGAUGGAAGAGAGGCGACAUCCUGUUACAAGUGGAACAGUUGCCAGGGGAUCACCACAAUUGACGAGGAGAGCGACGUCUUCGCAUUUGGCUGUGCUGUUUAUGAGAUCAUCACAGGCUUUCCCCCUUAUCACGAACUGAAAGAUUUGGAGAACCGGGCCAUCGUCUUUGAGCAACGGUUUGCGGAAGGCCGGUACCCCGAGGUUGCUCACUUGCCCUUGGGCGAGCUGGUGCAAGGCUGCUGGGAUGGCUCUCUGCGAUCCAUGGACAAGGUUCUACAGGCGCUCGACGCUGAUGACAGCGUUGCGGUAACUUGA